AUGGUAUCUGGUGAGAUGCAAGAACUGUCUUUAAUGGAGGACCCAUUCCUAGCGUUAUCUCCUUUCAAGAAUCAUGAGAGUUUAUACCUUAGGCAUGGGCACGAAGUGUUGUUUUCCUUUCUACUGUAUCAGUUCAUAGUCUAUCGGAUUGUUGCGCCGGUGGUGAAUAGGAUGAUUUUUGGGAAGCAUUAUGCAGAAGCAGUCCAGAACGUGAAGGUGAACUACGACAUUCAUACGGUUUCUACAGUGCAAGCGUUGGUUUGUGUGGGGCUUGUUAUUCCGAUUGUUUCUCUAAAUGCCAAUUUGCAAAUAUUUGGGUAUUACAAUGAGUAUGCGAGCAUGACAGCAGCUAUUAGUUUAGGGUAUUUCCUAUGGGAUUUGUACAUCUGCUUGAAAUUCUUCUCCUUUUUUGGGCUUGGGUUCUUGGGGCAUGCCAUUGGAUCACUGGCGGUGAUAUUUUGUUCUUUGAUGCCUAGCUACCAAAGUUGGAUUGGCAAGUUUUUAGUUUUUGAAGCUAGUACUCCGUUUGUGAAUAUUAACUGGUAUAUCACUCAAGUAUCUCGGAAGACUACUAAAGCCAUAGUUCCAGCUUGGUUUAAUAUAAUCAAUGGACUGCUUUUGCUAGGCACCUUUUUCUUUACUAGGAUAUGCUGGGGGAUCAUAGCACUUGUUUCGCUUGACUAUCAAGUGUGGAAGCAAUGGAACUCUGAUACUCCUAUGCUUGUGGGUUUACUUGUCCCUACUAUCAACCUGCUCAUGACUAUUUUGAAUAUCUACUGGUUUUAUAAGAUGAUUAGGAUCGCUAAGAAAAUGGUCAAUGCUUCUAAAAAGGUAACAAAAGUGACUUAA